AAAAAACUUGGCAAUUGAACUAAAUAUUUAGAAAAAAAAACCCUUGCAGGUUUGUUAUUCUAACUGUCAGAAUAAAAGCAGUUCUCUCUACCAACGCUAGACGUCACUAGCAGAAUUUACACAGCAGCUGGUUUUUGCUGUUUUCCGGGAUAUAAUGUGAAACUGCAGCAGGAGCAGCUUGUCCCCAUAAACUGUCCUGUUUUAUUUUGUAAUCGUCGCUAAUUUGCAGGAGGCUGCCAGACAGGAUGUCAGCUGUUAAGUUGUCCGAGGGGAGCGUGCAGGUGGACGGCUGCAAAGCGCCGCUGUUCUACCGACAGAGUGAACCUGCUGCAGGAGACGCCAGGAUGUCAGUUUUACUCCUUCACGGCAUCCGUUUCUCCUCAGAAAACUGGCUCAGCAUCGGCACGCUGGAGACUCUGGCCAACGCCGGCUGCCGCGCGGUAGCUAUCGACCUGCCAGGACUGGGCCGGUCCAAGUCAGCCGAGGCCCCGGCCCCCGUGGGCCAGCCGGCCCCCGCAGGCUUCCUGAAGGAGGUGUGUGAGCGUCUGAGCCUGAGCCCGGUGGUGGUGGUCAGCCCUUCCCUCAGUGGGAUGUACUCCCUCCCCUUCCUGCUGCAGCACCAGGCUCUGAUACGAGCGUACGUCCCCGUAGCUCCAAUCUGCACCGACAAAUUCACAGCCGAGCAGUACCAGAGUGUGAAGGUCCCAUCGCUGAUUGUUUACGGGGACCAGGACGCUCAGCUGGGAGAGCUGUCACUCAACAACCUGAAGAAUCUGUCCAAUCACAGCGUGGUGGUGAUGAAAGGGGCAGGUCACCCCUGUUACCUGGACGACCCGGACACCUGGCACAAAGCUCUCACUGACUUCCUGAACACGCUGUGAAGCUCCUCGCCGAGUAUCAGUGGAGAGAUUCUCAACAACAACAGUCACACUUAAAUGAUUUAGAGGAGCUGCACAAAUAAACACAUUAUUCAUUCAUGAGAAAUUUAGGCCACAAGCGCCCUGCAUGACCUGAUUUUGACUUUUUAAAUAGCGGCAGUUAUAAAACUGGAAAUCAAGACUUUUUAUAAUGCUGAGAUGAGGCUCAAACUUUCAGACGUUUUGAGAAAUAUGCUAAUUAACUUCUGCUGCUUGGAGUUAAAUGAGAAGAAUGAUAUAUCUAUAUGGUAAAUAUGAAGCUACCGCUAACAGUCAGCCAUUUAAUUAACAUGAUCUCAUCAUUUCAUCUACACAAACAAAACACCACACGUUGAAAUGAAGUGAAAAAUAUGAACAUUAUUUAAUAACUGAUUCUCUGUAAUAAACAAUUUGAAAAUAUUUUACAAGGAGUCACAGACACAAUAUUUUACAAAUUUUGCCCUCUUCUUCUUCUUUUUUUUCUUUUUUUUUUUUAG